GUUGUUGCUCAGGAACCGCUUACUGUGGCAUCAGAGGUCUCCAUGACCCCUGCAGCUGCUAGUCAUCCCCUUCGUACUAAGGUAUCUUCAAUUACUACCACCAAUGAAAAUGAGGGAGUUAGUAUUAUCAGAUCUGAUGAGGUUACUGGAAAAUCUAGUACAGAUGGGACUACUACUUCAGUUGCUGGCAAAAGCGGCAGUCUGUCUCUUGAUGCUUUAGCCAAAGCUAAGAAAGCUUUACAGAUGCAGAAGGAAUUGUCUGAGAAGCUAAAGAAGAUUCCUACGCUAAAUAAGCUUGCUAGUACAAGCAACUCGCAGGUAGCAUCUAAUAGAGAAGGGAAGAAUGUUACUCCAGCAACGACUUCCAUGACCUCAGUUCAGUUAACGUCAAGCUCUGCAGGUUUACCUGUUGGUGCUACUACCACUGGCACAGGUACCCUUUCUGGGCUUGCAAACCAACCAGCAAUUGAAGCAGUGAAGCGUGCUCAAGAGCUCGCGGCAAAGAUGGGAUAUCGUCAGGAUCCAGAGUUUGCCCCUCUUAUAAAUAUGUUUCCUGGAUCAUCAACAGUACCUGAGAUGGCAGCACCUCGACCUUCCAAAGUUCCUGUACUGCGAUUAGAUGCUCAGGGUAGAGAAAUAGAUGAACAUGGGAAUGUCAUUAAUAUGCCUAAGUUGACAAAUCUCAGCACGUUGAAGGUAAACAUCAACAAACAGAAGAAGGAAGCAUUUCAAAUAUUGCGACCAGAACUUGAUGCUGACAUACAAUCAAAUCCUCAUUUUGAUGAGAGAAUGGGUCUUAACAAAACCAAACUAUUAAGGCCGAAAAGGAUGUCUUUUCAAUUUGUGGAGGAAGGUAAAUGGGCUAAACAGGCAGAGAUCACCAAAAUUAAGAAUCAAUUUGGUGAAGCACAAUCCAAGGAGCUGAAGGUGAAGCAAUCACAGCUUGCUAAGGCAAAGGCCGAGCCUGAUGAUAACCCAAAUUUAAUUGCCAUUGGUGAGAGGGUUUUCAAAGAAAAAAAGAAGGAUGAGAUACCCGAAAUUGAGUGGUGGGACAAACCUCUCUUACCUUCUGGAUCUUACACUGACGAUGCUGAAGAAAAACUGAACAUGGAAAAGAUCACGAUAUACGUAGAGCAUCCUCGUCCUAUUGAGCCACCAGCAGAGCCAGCCCCGCCACCACCACAACCCCUCAAGCUUACAAAAAAGGAGCAGAAGAAACUGAGGACUCAACGCCGCCUUGCAAAGGAAAAGGACAGGCAGGAGAUGAUUAGGCAAGGUCUACUAGAGCCUCCCAAGCCUAAAGUCAAAAUGAGUAAUCUCAUGAAAGUCCUUGGCUCCGAAGCAACUCAAGAUCCAACAAGGUUGGAAAUGGAAAUUCGCAGUGCUGCUGCUGAGCGUGAGCAAGCUCACGUCGAUAGAAACAUUGCCGAAAGGAAACUCUUUGAGGAUCCAAACACUUUGGAAACCCUAGUUUCUGUUUACAAAAUUAAUGACCUCUCUCAUCCUCAAACACGCUUCAAGGUCGAUGUGAAUGCUCAAGAGAAUCGCCUCAGUGGAUGUGCUGUGAUAUCUGAUGGCAUCAGUGUUGUUGUUGUUGAAGGUGGUAAGAAAUCUGUUAAGAGGUAUGGAAAGCUGAUGCUGAAGAGGAUAAACUGGGCAGCUGCUGUGAGCAAUGAUGAUGAUGGAGAUGAGAAUGCUGAUUCUGUAGUCAAUAGUUGCUCUUUGGUUUGGCAAGGGAGUGUUGCGAAGCCUAGCUUUCAUAGAUUUCUUGUUCAUCAGUGUAGAAGUGAAGCUGCUGCUAGGAAAAUUUUUGCAGAUGCUGGAGUUCCACACUAUUGGGAUCUUGCAAUUAAUUUUUCUGAUGAUCUUGACGCUUAAAAGCUUGCAAUAUUGCUGGACUAUCUUUUAUUUUUUGCACUGCAUGGAGAAUAAGUAUCUCAAGAGCUAUAUCCUUAAGACAUUGAUCCACUGUGAUGCAUAAAACUAAUUUUCUACGUUUCUUUGCCUCGCUAUUCUCGGGUAUGAGAUUUUUGUUAGCUUAUUGUUUCGAAAGGCACUUACCGCAGAUCCUGAUCAAUUAAGUGUAGUUGAGGAUGGACAAGGUGUACUGGUUUUAUGAUGACUAUUGCUUGGGCUUAUAUUAAAGGACCUGGUUGGAGAUAACUUGCUACAUUCAGAAAUUACUGCCUGUCUCAUGUACGCUCAACUUAUAAGCUUUCGAACUGUCAAUCCUUAGUUCGUUGUAUAGCGUAUUUAGUAGUGAUAAGCCUGUAUUGUAUUUGCUGCGGUGCCAGUAUGUAACGAGGCAAGCUGUAGUCGAGGUUAAAGGCCUGUUAUCGAUUGCUAUGUGUUAUGUUUUUGUUUGUGUUCUGUUGAUCAACCGAGUUUCAUUUUUGUUGGUAAGAGGAAAUUGAAUGCUUCA